CGCGAUUUCGUGACACUUCAACUGACCCUUCAUCGAAUAUCGAGUCUGAUUUUGUUUCGUCUCUUUCUGGUUCACCCAAGAUAUCUUCACACAGUCACAAUUACUGUGUAGAACUUCAACAACAGAACACGGAGCUGAAGGGGGCAUUGUGUAGUCAACGCCAACAAAUCAGCGAGCUUCGUCUUCAAGUGUCUUCCCUUCAAAGGGAAGUAGCAACUACAAGGUAAAUACUCAUGUCGUUUUCGAGAGUCAUACCAUCUCACAACAGUCUAACUCGACCACUUUCCUUUCAACCCUUCUUCCGCAUCUUAAAGUUUGCGCGCGCAGCAAACUCUCAUCUUCCAACUUACCGGCGGGAGCAUUACAUUGGUCAGUUCUAUUGGACCGAAGAGAGUUUCGAGAAGGAACGUCAAGGGUUUUCGAAUUUGACUGUGCUUAGGGACGAAUACUCGGGUCCUUUGUCAUUCCUCGUAGGAGAAGAUGGUGUCGUGGUAUCUACCAGGCGUCAGCAGCAAUUCUUCCGUUUCGGACGCUUACUCUACAACACUCUGCUAAGGUACGAGAUGGCUCCAGGGGAUUGGCAUGAUAUCGAUGUCUACGCACUCGAGUGGUUCUGUCUGGCUAUUCAUGUCAAAUACGCAGAAUUUCGUUUGUGCGAAGACCACUGGAAAGCUGAGGCUUUUGGUGCCGUACACUAUGCCAAGUGGUGUCAACCCUCCAGAGCGGCUUUGCGAAGUUCAUUCUCGGAGUCGGAAACUGUUCGAGCUCAAGAAGCCCAGGAAACCGAGAUAAGUGCUCCGUUCCGAGCGGAAGAAACUCAGCUUUCGCAGUGUAUUUUGGACAGUAAUAUCGAGGUACGGGAGCGCAAGGAUGUUGCUGUCCAAGUUACGCGGUCAUCGGGCUUUGCCACUGCGGGGAUAGUCAGAGACACUCCCGUAGGUGCUGUUUCUGGUGAGGCUUGGGCAGGAAACACGGGCCUGGUUAGCGAUUUUUCUCCAGAAAGAAGAUCUAGAUGAUUUCGUGGGACUUGCAACACCUUCCCCGUCGGCAAAUG